AUGCAGAAACUACCACAGCAAUCAGAACAACAACAACUAGGUGAAGAAGGCAAGAAUGAACACAUAAAAAGUAAACCAAAAAAACAAAUAGAACUCAUUGUACACUAUCGGUAUGAAAGCGGACCAUUAAAAACAUUCAGUCGUGAAUUCCGCAAAAUUUGGAAAAAACAUUUUUGCUAUGANCAUAAAUGGGAUCGCCGGAGCUAUCAUCUUAAUUUAUAUUGGGAUAUUCUUCCAUCAUCACCUAUUAUUGAAGUUUCUAUCAAAUUAACACCGGAACAAUUGGCUUUACUUUCUCGUGGCCCAAAAUAUGUACCACCAUGUCAAAGUCGAUUUUAUAAGAAGGAAGCAAAGGACAAAAUUAUUCAAGAAGAAUAUAAAAAUAUUAUUACUAAAGUAACGGAAUUUAUUCGACAACAUACUUAUUGUGUAUCAGAAAAACGUAUCAACGAAUUUUCUACUGAUCUUAAAAAUCUUAUUCAACGUCUUUAUACAAAAAAAUUAUCACGAAAAUUAUCAGUACGUGCUAAACGUGAACAUAAAUUAAUUACUAGUAUUCGUCGUUAUUUACAUAAAUAUCGACAAGUUAUUUUACGGCGUACGGAUAAAAGUAAAGUAUUUCAUCUAGGUGAUGCCAAUGAUUAUCAACGAAAAGUUCUUGAAUAUAUGCAAGAAACAGAAGCCUAUGAAGAAAUUACAUCUGGCAUUUCACCAUUAGCAGCCAAUUUACAACAAGUUAUUUCAUUACUUAAUCUUCUUUACCAUGCAGAAAAACCUUUGAUUUCUAAAAAGCAAUAUGAAGCAAUGUAUCCAAAAGAAAAUACAAUUGAAUUAGGUCACCUCUAUUUUCUACCAAAACCACAUAAAAUUGGUACACCACUACGACCAAUUGUAGCAGCAAUUCAUGCACCAGCUAUAUUAGUGUCAAAAUAUCUUGAUAAUUUACUUCGUCCUAUUUUCAAUCGUAUUGCACGAAAAACAAUCUAUAUCGAUAGUAUAGAUCUUGUGAAACACUUAGAAAAAUAUCAAAAAGAAGGUCAUUUAUUGUCAACAACAAAAUUUAUUACAGUUGAUGUAAAAAAUCUUUACACUAUGAUACCAAGAGGUGGUGCAUUGGAUGCCUUACAUCGGUUUUGUACGAAACAUGCAACUGAAAAAAAAAUUGGCAAUUUAACUGUAAAUACCAUUAUUCGAUUAGCAUGUCUUGUCUUAGAUACCAAUUGUUUCGUUUUUGACAAUAAAUAUUAUAAACAAAUUCGUGGUGGUGCCAUGGGUUCACCUUUUACAAUGACAUUAGCUAAUAUAUAUAUGUAUGAAUGGGAACAAUCCUUGAUUCAACAUCAACAGGAAAGAAAUGAACUCUACGGCCGAUAUAUUGAUGAUAUUUUUAUGACUUCAAAUGAACCUGUUGAAACCAUUACAGCAUUACUUGAUAGGGAAAAUGAAAAAGAUCCAAAUAUUCGUAUUAGUUAUAAUAUUCAUGACUCUGUGGAAUUUCUUGAUGUUUUUAUUGAAAAUAUUCAAGGACAAUUAAAAACAUCUGUUUUUCGUAAACCAGCUGCUGAACCAUAUAUACUUCCAUAUACAUCUGAUCAUCCACUGCAUAUUCAUUCCAAUACAAUUCAAACAGCCUUACUUCGUGGUGUUCGUCUUUGUUCAGACAUUGAAACAUUCGAUCAAGAACGAUUAAACAUUGAAAUAGCAUUACUUCUAAAUGGAUAUCCACCAAAAUUUAUCAGUCAUCAUUUUAAACAAUUCUUUAAAAAUUAUAAUGCUUCGUCUAUCUAUCAAGAUUUACAUGCAGAAAUGUAUCAACAACUCCAUCUUCAAUUACUUAAUGAAUCCAUAACUACCGAUCAAGUACCACAGCAAUUAGAACAACAACAGCUGGGCCAAGAAAUUAACAACGGAUGCAUAAAAACUAAACCAAAAAAACAAAUAGAACUUAUUAUACAUUAUCGAUAUGAAAGUGGACCAUUAAAAAAAUUCAGUCGUGAAUUCCGAAAACUUUGGGAAAAACAUUUUUGCUACGAAAAUUCAUCGUUAAACAAUAUUCGAUUGAUACUUGGUACUCGAUCAAACAAGACAUUGGAAACUUUACUAGUUAAUAAAAAACCAGGCCGUACUCUAUUACGAAAUAUAGACCCCAACAUUAGCACAACAACAAUGGAAACAUGA